UGCCCCAUCAUUGGUGUCAGUGGGAGAAAUAGUGCCCCAUCAUUGGUGUCAGUUGGGAGGAAUAGUGCCCCAUCAUUGGUGUCAGUGGGGAGGAAUAGUGCCCAAUCAUUGGUGUCAGUGGGAGGAAUAGUGCCCCAUCAUUGGUAUCAGUGGGAGGAAUAGUGCCCCAUCAUUGGUAUCAGUGGGAGGAAUAGUGCCCCAUCAUUGGUGUCAGUGGGAGGAAUAG